AUGAGGACGUCUCUGCAUCUAGUUGUAUACUGUUGGCUGAUAUGCCUAUUUUCUUGGAGGACAGUCGCCGACAAUAAGUCACAACCCAUCUCCAUCUUUCGCUCGAGACCCGAUUUACAGGCACCCAUCCUGACAGUCUUGACGAGUGUUCCGGAGAAAGUGGCGCCGGGUUACUACUUUGUUGCCCCUUAUCAACAAGCCCAGGAGACCAUUCACAUAUACGACAAUGAAGCGAACUUGAUCUAUUCAGGCUUCGGCAGUGCCGGGCCCGGAAUCAUCCAUGCGCCUCAGACAUGCAUGUACCAAGGCGAAGUUCAUCUUUGUUUCUACCAAGGCACGCAAAUGGUGGGCUGGGGUCACGGCCACGGGGUGAUUAUGGACAAACACUACCGGGUAGUCAAGUCGGUCGAACCGGCCAGCUACCAAGCGUCGUCGGACAUGCACGAGUUUCGACUCAUAGAUGACGGCAGAAGUGCCUUAAUGACCCAGUACCUGCGCAGCGUCUACGACCUGUGCCCGUGGAACCUAUGCGACGGGCUCGGUUACAUCCAGCAAGGGGCGUUCCAGGAGAUUGACGUUGAGACGGGCGAGCUGCUGUUCGAAUGGCAGAGUCUGGACCACGUCGACCCGAACGAAAGCUACGUCGGCCCCGGCACCACCGAGAUCAGCGGCAGUGGCCAGCAACCCGACAGCCCUUGGGACUACUUCCAUAUCAACUCAAUCGACAAGAACGAACAGGGUGACUACCUGAUUUCCGCCCGACACGUUUCGGCCGUCUAUAAGAUCUCCGGAGUCGACGGACACGUCAUGUGGCGACUGAACGGUGCCAAGUCGGACUACUACUUGGACGGGUUUUCUUUCUCGUUCCAGCACGACGCCCGCUUCGUGUCGGACAACGUGACACAUACGGUUAUAUCGCUCUUCGACAACGGCUCCAAUGGGUUCAAUCAGACCCAGCCGCAUUCGACAGGCCAGAUCAUCAGCCUCGACCACCGGACGAAAGUCGCAACAUGUUUAUUGAAGCUCGACCCGCCGCCGGUUGUCGAGGGAAAAGUAGGAGGAGGACACAUCUCCAAGUCGCAGGGAAACAUGCAACGGCUGCCGAACGGCAACUUUUUGCUCGGGUGGGGCAACGAUGCCUUUUGGACCGAGUACGCCGCGACGGAUGACCACGAGGUGGUCUUCUACGGCACGUUGGGCUGGACCAACCUCAUGAACUACCGUGUUCACAAGUUCGACAAUUGGGUCGGUCGUCCGCUGACCAAGCCGGCGUUGUGGACGUAUUCGAAACAUGGCGACAAUGCAACAACAGAAAAAAUGACGCUCUAUGUCUCGUGGAACGGAGCCACCGAGGUCAAAGCCUGGCGGUUCUUUGGAUCUGACGACGACAAGAUGGAUCGCGACUUGAAACAUGGUCGCAUCUGGGCAAUGCUAAGCACCGACCCGGUGCCCAAAUCCGGGUUUGAAACGGUCUACUUUUAUCCUCAAAUGUACCGCUUCACUUACGCGGAAGCGCUCGACAAGGACGGAAAUGUGCUGGGCACAUCGGCCGUGGCAAAAACAUAUGUCCCCAAUCACCAAAUGCAAGAGCAUUGCGACGACCUGGCCUGUCGCUUCAUGCCGACCCAGGAAGAGCGCGAACAAUAUGCUGCUCAGCAGCGGGAGAAAGAAGAACAGGAGAAGUUGAACCGCCAGGAGCGGACGCGGCUGCGGGCCCGGGUCAAGAAAAGCGUCGAACUCUACGCCGGCACUUUUGGUCUGUUGGCCUUUUUCACUGUCUUGCUUGUUCUGUUGGUUACGAGGAACUUUGUGUCGCGACCACUUUAUUUCGUGGUUCAUCGCGUUGGCUCGUUGGCGCGCAAGAUAAUUGAUAGACGGGACGAUGGCAUUGGCUUGAGAGGGAACAGCCUGCCCAGAUAUAAGGCUCUAUCGCGGGAUGAUCACGAGGCUGAUCAUGAGCAUGGUAAUGACUGA